GUGCUUAAAACUGGGACUGUCUCUGCCGGAUCUUAUCUCUCUCUCUCUCUCUCUGCGCUUUUCUUUUAUUUUAUUUCUACUCAAUAAUACGGUAGUCUCGGAGCUUCGUUCAUUAUCCUUGUUUUCCGCCUCUCUCUGUCUCUCUCUCUCGCUAUUUUUCUUUUAUGGCCUGUAAGCAAUCUAGGGUUUGAAGUUGCCCACUAAAACUUGGACUCUGAGAAUUUGGAAUAAUAAGUCACAAUGUAUGCAAGGAGAAUAAAGUGUAGAAAUCAGGCUUGGGGAGGUUUCUAUCUAUCAAAGUAUUUGACAAGGCCAGAUUGCUUCUAUCAUGGUUCUCCUCGAUCUUUGACUCAUAAAGUAGUUGCAGGAAAUAAACCCUUACAUGGUAGUUUGAUCAGAAGGCAUUUAUUUUAUUCAUUUUCGUCAAGGGGUGUUGCUACUGCAUGUACCUAUUUGGAUGUGAAACCUAGCACAUGUUUGAAGACUAGUCAGUUACGAUUUUAUAGUUCAGAGGGUGGCGACGGAAGAAAUGCAAGUGACGAUAAGCAUGUACCUCUUAAAGAUGGGGUUACUCUUGAUAAAGGAAAGAAUUGGCAUGAAAAGGGUAAGGAAGAUAUCAGGAUUGAUGCGCAUGCUCGACUCGGAGAACAGGAUCAGAAAGAAUGGCUUAUUAAUGAGAAGCUUUCCAUUGAGACAAGAAAGAAAGAGUCACCCUUUUUGACCAGACGUGAUAAGUUCAAAAAUGAGUUCUUACAAAAAGUUGUUCCAUGGGAGAAGAUUACUGUCUCAUGGGACACGUUUCCUUACUACAUUAAUGAACACUCCAAAAAUCUUUUGAUCGAAUGUGCCGCUUCCCACUUGAAACAUAAAAGGUUCGCUGCUACUUAUGGUGCUCGCUUGAAUUCUUCAAGUGGGCGGAUUCUUCUUCAGAGUGCUCCAGGAACUGAGCUUUACCGGGAGAGAUUAGUUAAAGCACUUGCACGAGAUCUACAAGUCCCUCUGCUGGUGCUUGACAGCAGCAUUCUUGCUCCUUAUGAUUUUAGUGAUGAUUGCCAAGAGGGUGAAUCAGAUGAUGAUAGAACAGAGUCUGGGGAGGAGACGGAGUCAGAAAUUGAUGAAGAAAAUGAUGCAAGUAAUGAAGAAGAAUGGACCAGCGGUAAUGAUGCAAGAUCGGAUUGUAGUGAUAAUGAUGAAGUUGAUGUGCAGGCAACUGCUGAAGCAGCCCUUAGGAAACUUGUUCCCUGCAACCUUGAAGAGUUUGAAAAGAGAGUCUCUGGAGAAUCCGAUAGUUCACCUGAGUCCUCAAAUGUCAAGGCUGCUGAAUCUACUGAUAAAUCCCCACGGCCGCUGAAGAAAGGUGAUCGGGUAAAAUAUAUUGGGUCUUCUGUGCAUAUUGAAGCAGAUAACAGGAUCAUAUUGGGGAAGAUAUCAACAUCUGAGGGUCCAACAAAUGCUUAUACCAUUAUUCGUGGCAGGGCUUUGUCAAAUGGCCAACGUGGGGUGGUAUAUGAAGUGAAUGGAGAUCGUGUUGCUGUUAUUUUGGAUAUUAAUGAUAAUAAAGAAAAUGAAGUGAAAAAGGGAGAGAAAGAAUCAGAGCAACCUGCACAACCACCAGUUUAUUGGAUACCUGUUAAGGACAUUGAGCUUGAUCAUGAUGCCCAGACUGAAGAUUGUUAUAUUGCAAUGGAAGCUUUGUGUGAGGUAUUACAUGCCUUGCAACCUCUUAUUGUAUAUUUUCCAGACUCUUCUCAAUGGUUGUCUAGGGCAGUUCCCAAGUCAAAUCGGAAGGAGUUUGUCUGUAAGGUGGAAGAAAUUUUUAACCAGUUGUCUGGUCCUGUUGUUCUGAUUUGUGGUCAAAACAAAGUUGAAUCUGGGUCGAAGGAGAAAGAGAAAUUUACAAUGAUACUUCCAAACUUUGGUCGUCUUGCCAAACUGUUUAACUUUGCGCAGCCUCUAUCUUUGAGGCGUCUUACUGAGGGUCUGAAGGCAACAAAGAGAUCAGAUGAUAACCAAAUAUAUAAGCUCUUUACUAAUGUUUUGAGUAUAUAUCCUCCUAAGGAAGAGGAUCUCCUUCAAACUUUCAAUAAGCAGGUUGAGGAAGACAGGAAAAUUAUCAUAUCAAGGAGCAAUCUAAAUGAAUUACAUAAGGUUCUUGAAGAACAUGAACUGUCAUGCAUGGACUUACUGCAUGUAGACACUGAUGGUGUGCUCUUAACAAAACAGAAAGCUGAGAAAGUUGUUGGCUGGGCUAAAAAUCAUUACUUGUCAACCUGCCUGCUUCCCUCUAUAAAAGGAGAUAGACUAUAUAUUCCUCGUGAAAGCCUUGAGAUUGCAAUUUUGAGGUUGAAGGAGCAAGAAGCUAUAUCUCGUAAGCCCUCACAGAAUUUGAAGAACCUUGCCAAGGACGAAUAUGAGACCAACUUUAUUUCAGCAGUCGUGCCUCCUGGUGAAAUUGGUGUCAAGUUUGAUGACAUAGGUGCUCUUGAGGAUGUGAAAAAUGCAUUAAAUGAACUUGUCAUUCUUCCAAUGAGGAGGCCCGAGCUUUUUUCUCGUGGAAAUUUGUUGCGGCCUUGCAAAGGAAUACUACUUUUUGGGCCUCCUGGAACUGGGAAGACCCUUCUUGCCAAGGCACUUGCUACAGAAGCUGGGGCAAACUUUAUCAGCAUAACUGGUUCAGCACUUACAUCGAAGUGGUUCGGCGAUGCUGAAAAGCUUACUAAAGCUCUCUUCUCCUUUGCCAGCAAGCUUGCUCCAGUCAUUAUAUUUGUUGAUGAGGUUGACAGUUUGCUUGGUGCUCGUGGUGGUUCUUUUGAGCAUGAAGCAACUAGAAGAAUGAGAAAUGAGUUUAUGGCAGCUUGGGAUGGAUUGAGGUCAAAAGAUAGCCAACGAAUCCUUAUCCUUGGUGCUACAAAUCGACCCUUUGACCUUGAUGAUGCUGUUAUUCGUCGCUUACCGAGAAGGAUAUAUGUAGACUUACCAGAUGCCGAAAAUCGUAUGAAGAUUUUGAGAAUAUUUCUUGCACAAGAGAAUUUAGGGCCUGGUUUUGAGUUUGACAAACUUGCUCAUGCAACUGAGGGGUACUCUGGCAGUGACUUGAAGAACUUAUGUAUUGCUGCUGCUUAUAGACCUGUACAAGAACUUUUAGAGGAAGAAAGGAAGGGAAGCAAAAAUGAUGCGUCUCCAGGCUUGAGGCCACUCAAUCUGGAUGAUUUUAUUAAGUCAAAAUCCAAGGUUGGGCCGUCGGUUGCCUAUGAUGCCACAAGUAUGAAUGAAUUAAGGAAAUGGAAUGAACAAUACGGAGAAGGUGGAAGCAGGCAAAAAUCACCAUUCGGCUUUUGAAACUGAUCUUAACAUGUUAUAUAUUAAUUUAUUCUUCAGGGAAUAAAAAAAAAAAAAAAAGUUCCCAAGUUAGGGUUCUAUAAUAGAAUAUUGUAUAAGAGGGGGAAAAAAAAAAAAAAAACUCUAAUUUUCAUCCUUUUUGAUCGGAUGAGAAAGCCCUAGCAAUGUAAUCUAUGGUAUUCAUUUUUGUUUUGUUUUUCAUUUCCACCGUCGUUCUUGUAUAUUAGUAGUUUAGCAUUUAAAUGGUCUGUUUAAAUUUUGUUGUAGUAGUUAUUAAUCUUGAAAGGCCUCAAAGUUCCAUCAAUUAAUAGAAAAGAUAAAACUAUUUUUCUUU